AUGUCCAGUUCAUGUUAUUAAGCCCAGUUGGUUCUUUUGUGUCAUAUCACAAUCACUCCACAUGAGACAAGAAAAAUUUGCAAGCUGUGAUAUUUGAUUUUUUAAAGUCAGGCGUUUGUUAUUGUUCCUAUCAGGCAUUUACUAUGUCCAGCAUAUAUCUCUAACAAUAAAAAUCACACAUCUCGAAAAUCAAAGAAAACCACAAGCGAAAAACUUAUUCGUACAUCUCGGGUACCACUACAUACCUCCAAGAAACCUCACCUCGUAAUAUCAAUAAACAAUUCCGGUAAAGUAGGAUAACCAAGGAGAGGAAUAAAUAUAUUGACCAUUCACAUAGAUCACUCCACCGAAACCUCACUUCCCGCCCAACAAUCAUGCAAAUCUUCGCCACCACCCUUUUCACCAUCUUCUCCGUCCUCAUCUGUGUCGUCAACGGCUCCGAGAAGUACUGUCUUAACCAACACGAGAGAUGCAGCAUGUGGAUGGUAUGGCCGGCGGGCUUACCAGGUCUUAAACCCGGUACCAUGGCAUUACCCAAGGAGCUAACACUCUACGACAAAACCUGCGUCGUGCUCGAAACCAAAAUGGAGCAACCUGAGAAGAAAGGCCUCAUCAUGAUUAAAUCUUCUUUGGCGAAACCCCUGAAUUUGACUGGUUCAUAUCCCUGUGGAUAUGGUGGAGGAAAACCCAUUUUCACCUAUGGCACCAACGAAUAGGGCAGAGACCAUUGCGGGUAUGGUUCUGGUGAUGAUUGGUAUG